CUCUUUUCGCACUCACUUUCUUGUAUUAUUUUCAUUGAUAUUUAGGCCCUCUUUGAAUCCCUUUCUAAAAACAGUUUUUUUUUUAAAAUUAAAAAAUUAAAAAUGUAUUUGGCAAAUUAUUUUUAAAUUAUAAUUUUCAAAAACUGUUGUGCUUUUAACUUUUAAAAACUUAAAAAGUAAAACAGCUGAAACAUGUUUUUAAUUUUUUAAUUUUGGUUUUUUAAAUUAUAAUUCAAAUAUUAAAACACAAUGGAAUUGAAAACAACCUAUUUUAUCCUAUUCUUCUCUCUCUUAGACAAAACCCACACAAUCUUCUCUCACACACACCAAAGAAAAUGCAACAAAGAAAAAGUGGAUCUUCGAUUUUUCACUCAGCACUGAUUUAUAGUUUAUGAUCUUCAAUUUCUUCUCUACAAUUUGUGAUUCGGAUUUUUUAGACUUCUCCUCGACCAGGCCUGCCUCUUCCUCGAUUGCACCUACUUCUAUUGGGGCACCUGCCAUUGCUGCACAGAUGGCAACUAAUGUUGACAUUAGUGACUCAAAGUUUUGGCCUGAUUUUGUAACUAAAGCUUUCAUUGGUAUUAUGGUUGAUGAAGUUACAAAAGGAAAUAUGCCAAAUGGUGUGUUUCAUAAUAGAACAUGGACCUCAAUGACUACUAAGUUGAGUUCCAUAACUAAUCGAUCAUUUAAAGUCGGACAACUAAAGGCAAAAAUGCAUAGGUUGCGGACCAUGUAUCGUGAGUUCUAUUCACUCUUGCAAAAUACCGGAUUUGGGUGGAACGCAGAAACAAACACAGUUACUGCAAGUGAAGAGGUCUGGAGAAAUUAUCUUAAGGUACAUGAUAAAGCUUCUCAAUUUCAAAAGAAAGGGUGUGAUCAUUAUAAGUUGUUGGAAAUCAUAUUCAACAAAAAUAAUGCAACUGGAGUACUUCAUCAUUCAUCUACUCAAGACCCUCCAAAUACAGAUGAAGAAAAUGAGCUUGAUAAUCAAUACCUUAACAAUGGGAGUGCGAGUCAUGUACGUGUUAAUGAUGAUAGUUCAGACGAUGAUCUACAUGAAGUUGAGCACAUCACACGUAGUGGAAAGAGACAAGUUCAAGUACGAUCCAAGAAAGAGUCUACAUCACAUAUGAUGGGAGAGGCACUUUCGGCAUGGGCUAAAGCAUCUUUGGCAAAAGCUGAGAGGUAUAGGGAUAGGAGUGUGGAGGCUACUUCACGUGUAACAUCAGACUGCUCUCUUACUAAGUGUGUGACUGUUCUGGAUGAGAUGGAAGACAUUCCACAUGAUGCAUAUGGAAAAGCUUUGGAAAAGUUUAUGAAUCCUGAUUGGAGAGAAGUGUUCAUCGCCAUGUCUGUUGAGAGGAAACGUGGAUGGGUACUUAGACUUUAAGGAUAAAGUCUUACUUAAACUUAUGGUUCUAACCAGAAUUGAUAUUGAUGAAAGUGAUGAUUCUACUUCUGAUGCAAGUGAUGAUGAAUUCGCAGAAUUUCUCUUUAAUAGUAUGAUUUAUAAUUAUCAUCAGAAAUACUUUAACAAAGCAAAGGUGUUGACAUCUUCGUUGAUUGGUCGUGAGUUUGUUGCUGAAGUAUUAAAUGGAUCUGGAACAAGUUGUUUUGAUUUAUUUCGAAUGAAGAAAUAAUGUUUUAUUAAUUUCUGUAAUGAAUUGAGGGAGAAGAACUACUUAUGUGACUCAAGAGAUGUGCUUGUUGAAUAGAAGGUUGCUACAUUUUUAUUCAUAAUUGGUCAUAAUGUUCGUCAUAGAGUUGCUUCAAUCCGCUUUCAACAUUCCACUGAAACAAUAUCAUGCAAUUUUAAGGAGGUAUUAAGGGAAAUUUGUCGAUUUGGAAAGGAACUAAUAAAGCAAGAGUCCAAAGAGUUUCCCGAAAGAAUUAAAAAUAAUUCAAAAUACUAUCCUUGGUUUAAGAAUUGCAUAGGUGCGAUUGACGGUACACAUAUAAGUGCAUCGGUUCCUGCAGAAAAACAAAUUUCAUGUAGAGAUAGAAAGGCAACAAUCAAACAAAAUGUCAUGUGUGCUUGUGAUUUUAACAUGAUGUUUACGUAUGUAUAUUCGGGAUGGGAAGGAAGUGCACAUGAUUCAAAGAUUCUUUUGGAUGCAAUUACAAAUCAAAAUGCUGAAUUUCCUUGGCCACCUAGAGGUUCCUUUUAUCUCGUUGAUUCUGGGUAUCCAUGUAUUGGAGGUUUUCUUCCCCCUUAUAGGGGUGAAAGGUAUCACACACAAGAAUAUAGAGGUCAAGGUAGACAACCCAGAAGUCCAGAAGAGUUAUUUAACUAUAGACACUCGUCUCUAAGGAUGACAAUUGAGCGUUGUUUUGGGGUGCUGAAAAAUAGAUUUCCUAUUUUAAAGUUGAUGCCUCCUUAUAAGCCUUCUAGGCAACAAUUCAUAGUUAUUGCGUGUUGUGCUAUUCACAAUUACAUACGCAAGUGGAAUUUACCAGACGAGUUGUUUAGGAUAUGGGAAGAAAUGGAUCCUAUCGAACUUGAGGGAAUACAAGAAGGUCCUAUCAUAGAAGGAACAAGUUCCAAUGUCGACAACUUAACAAGGUUAUCUAAUGAAGGUGCAACUGAAAUGACAAUGAAGAGAAUUCAUAUUAGAGAUGAGAUGUGGGUACACCGUAGCAAUUAAGUGAAUUAAUUAUCUCUAUGUUACAUUUUCAUACAAGCAACUUUGAAUUUUAGUGGUUAUUUAUGUUA